CCCACUUGUGGAACCCCACUCCUCCCACUGACACCAUGGUCAACUCCUGUUGUGGCUCUGUCUGCUCAAACCAGAGCUGUGGCCAGGAGACCUGCUGCCACCCCAGCUGCUGCCAGACCACCUGCUGCAGGACCACCUGCUGCCGCCCCAGCUGCUGUGUGUCCAGCUGCUGCCAGCCCUCCUGCUGUGGUUCCAGCUGCUGUGGCUCCAGCUGCUGCAGGCCUAGCUGCUGCAUCUCUAGCUGCUGCCGCCCCACCUGCUGCCAGACCACCUGCUGCCGCCCCACCUGCUAUGUGUCCAGCUGCUGCCAGCCCUCCUGCUGUGGUUCCAGCUGCUGUGGCUCCAGCUGCUGCAGGCCUAGCUGCUGCAUUUCCAGCUGCUGCCGCCCCUCCUGCUGUGGAUCCAACUGCGGUGGCUCCAGCUGCUGUGGCACUAGCUGCUGCCGCCCCUCCUCCUGUGGCUCCAGCUGCUGCCGCCCCUCCUGCUGCUGCCCCUCCUGCUGCCUCCGCCCAGUCUGUGGCCAGGUCUCCUGCCACACCACCUGCUAUCGCCCCACCUGUGUCAUCUCCACCUGCCCCCGCCCCAUGUGCUGUGCCUCCUCUUGCUGUUGAGCUCCCUGCCCUCUGACUACCAUCUCUGCUUACCUCUGCCCCCCAGAUAUAGACUCUUUUUGUGAGAACCCUUUUUGUGCUGACCUUUAGGACACAUGAAAUGGGGUUAAUGUUGCUCAACUGAGUUUGGUCUCAUUAUUCUAAUGAGCCCAUCAGUGUCCCACUGACACUAUGAGCAUAUUCUGGCCUCAGUCCAAAUUCUACUUGUGGACCUCUCCCUUUCAUCCAAGUGUGAAUUUUCUUACAACAUACCAACUGUUGUAUUGACCAAUUCUCCCAAAUUCUCCUUAAUUUUGAGCCACCAAUUCAUCAAGCUCAAGGGGCUAAAGUUUGAUUGCAGUAUUUCUACAUUACAGAUUUUUAUAGUCUCUCUUAAUUGUCCAGUGGAUUCCUUUAUAAUUCUUAAUCCCCAAAUUUUCUUAUGUUAUAACUCUAUGCCAA